CUGUUUUAGAAGCCUGAAUGAACAGCAUCGCAAGGAAAACAUCGCUUGACGACUUGUGCUGACAGGGUAAUGGAGACUCCAGAAGUGGUGGUUCGCGCGGUCGACGGAGAAGUCGAGGCAAUGGAUGUUGAGGUUCCCAAUGUUGAGAUGGACUUACUAUGGAAAACGCAAAAAGCAGUCGAAAUGGAACGCGCUCUAACGGCGACGAUGCGCAAGGUGGAACCCUGGCUACGCUCGAGCAAGGUGAAUCCCAAUCAGCCGCGUGUCCGCCCUAUUCCCACGAGUAUGGAGCAGGUGCAUCAAGUAUUGGCGGUCGCUCGAAACCUGGCGUCACGAACUUCUGCUCCAGCGGGAUGGAACCCGAAUGCUCCCGUCGUUGGCUUUACCACUCCCAAUCCGCUACCGCACCAGCUACGCGGGGGUGCCUUGGCUGCUCUGCAACUGGAGCGUGCCCGGCAAUCGGAACGCGACAAGAAACGACAACGAGAACAACAGAAAAGCGCGGAACUAGAACAGGCUGCCGCGGCUGCGGCAGCCAGAGCAGAACAGGAACACCAACGCCAAUUACCGAGCGAAUUGAACGAUCCGACUACCGGCAGAGAUCCCAAACGACGAGAAGUUGCGCAUCACGAAGUUGAAAUAAGACCGACUUCUAGUCGACCACCAGCAUCGGCUUUAGACAUUGCAUCCAGGCCAGCGCCACCCCAGGUUGAUGUGUCUAUGAAUCUGAGUGACAGUAGCAGCGAAGACGAUGACGAUUAA